CUGUGAUCCAUUUGCUAACGAUGAGAUGACAAGAGCUCUGAAGAUAGUGGAUUUCUCUCAUAGUCUAGAUUUGAGAUUACAGUCUCAAGUAAGCUUGCCUAACAGCUUUCCCAUAUCCCAGACCCCUCAUGGACAACAGCUUCUGGCAAAAAGUUCUCUUCCUUAUCAGGUAGACUUGGUUGGCAUUGCAGAUAUAGUCCAUUUGAUGCUGUUUGGGGAUCAUGUCCAGGUCUAUCAAGAGAAUUCCGUCUGGAAAAUCAGCCAAAAUCUAUCAAAGACUGUUGACAGUGAUUUCUGGAGUAAACUUUUUGGGAGAAUUCUGAAUGCAGAUGGUAAGUCCACAGUGCCUCUGCUGAGGGAGUUAAGAGAGGAAAUAAGUGACAUGUUUGACAGCUGUUUCCAAGAACGACUUUGUGAAUCCUUAGCUGCACUGGGAGAAACUUUCCUCUUGGAGAACUUCCUGUAAUUUCACAGAGGACAAAUCCAUUUUGUAUUAUAGAGAGGA